AUGGAGGGCGCCAAGCCGGGCUCCGUGCAUCUCACGGCAGACGGGCGCUGUGUCUACAUCGCUGCUCGCCUCGGUGUGGUGGAGGAUUUACUCCGGCCGAGCCAGACCUACUUUGAGGGCCACAACGCCGAGCUGCUGUGCCUCUCCUACAACUCCCAGCUGGACCUUGCGAUCAGCGGCCAGCAGGAGCCUCCGGGGAUUGGCAGCAGCUACGCCUGCGUGUGGUGUCCUAGCCAUCCCUCGCGCGCGCUCUGCGAGCUGCGCUGCUUCGAGGACCGGAAGGCGGCGGGCCAGCUGAAAGGCCCGGAGAUCCCGCGGAGCCGGGUGCGCACCGAGGGGAAGGUGGACUACCCUGGCUGGUUCGACCCCACUACCAUGGACGAGACGCAACUCCGUGGGAUCUCCGCGGUGGCGCUUGCAGCCCACGGCCGCUUCGCAGUGAUGACCGCCAUGGACGACAAGCGGAGUGUGUGCCUCUUCCGGCUGCCGGAUGCUGCGACGAAGCCGCUGACAACAACUCCGCAGCAGACCUAUGUGCUGCGCGUGCCCACGAUGUUGGUUCGGGGCAGCUCCAACAUUUGCGACCUGGCGCUGGGGAACCCCUUCGACCCUCUGGGCCGCUUCCGCUUCGCGGGGCUCACCAAGACGGCGCUGAAGCUCUGGGAGUACCGGGAAGGCGCCAAGGAGCUGGUGAGCAACGCCGUGGUCUUCGGGAAGGCCCCCCAGCAGCACCUCAGCUCGGUGGCCUACGCCUGGGACGCGGGGCAGCUGCUGAUGUGCGGCAAGGAGGGCCAGCUCUACAACGUCCAGGGCUGCCACGUCCACCAGAGCGGGCGCCUGGGGCCUAACCUGGGCUGCUGCGCCCCGCUGGCGCCGGGAGGGGGCUUCGACUACCUCGCGGGGUGCGCGGACGGCGCCUUUGUGCUGGGCCGCUUCGAGCAGGACCCGCCGGUGAAGGCCAUGAAGAGCCGGCCAUUGGGGAUCAGGCCUCAGGCGCUGGAGCGCUUCGUGCUGGAAGAUCUGCCCUCCCCUCUGGGCCAGGAGUUCCCGAGGGGCCUUCGCCCGCACUGGCGGAACCUCCAGGUGAACGAGCGGUGGCAGGCUUUGGCGGCCUCCGAGGGCCACAUCUUGGUCUUCUUCGACCUGGGCCUGGCCCCAGGAGAACCCGGCAACGAUGUCUGA